AUACAAUUGGCAUUGCAUUAUAACUAAACUAGACUACUCCUUGCGUACCUGUAACCAUGUUCGUACUAAUGUGUGGAUGUGCACCAGGCGGGCGCUAGCAAAGAGAACCCCCCGGCUAUGCGCGUGUCAUAGCGCAUUGAAGGAAAGUCGAGAUUGCCAAGGCCGCAUCUCUUUUGCUAACACCAUCACCACGCACAUCGCCCAAUUGGCCGAACGAUGCAGGCUUCACGGCAGCAGAUAGGACGUCAAUUGCUCUCCGGGAGGAGGAGGCCAGCAGUAGGAGAAGCAUACAGAUGUUUUUCUUGCUCAACCAGACAAGCACGGCCUCAACACCCAUCAUCCCCGCCACCACCACCACCACCAAAGUCCCCGCAAGAUGCACCGCAAACAACGCACUUUGGCUUUGAAACUAUCGCUGAAGCCCUCAAGGAGCAACGAGUCGGUGCCGUCUUCUCCUCCGUCGCCUCCUCCUACGACUCAAUGAACGACUUCAUGUCCCUCGGCAUCCACCGCCUCUGGAAAGACCACUUCGUACGGAACCUGAACCCAGGGCGGAACCCCCUCAUCUCUUCUUCCUCUGGUCCUUCAGACCAGCAAGGCAUGAACAUCCUCGACAUCGCCGGCGGCACCGGCGACAUCGCCUUCCGCAUGCUCGACCACGCCUCGCACAUCAACCACGACGCGCACACGCGCGUCACCGUCGCAGACAUCAACCCGGAUAUGCUUGCCGAGGGCAAGAAGCGCUCGCUACAAACGCCGUAUGCGCGCUCCCCACGGCUCACGUUUGUAGAGGCGAAUGCAGAGGAUUUGCACAUGGUGCCGAGUGAAUCUGUGGAUUUAUAUACUGUUGCGUUUGGGAUCCGCAACUUUACGCAUAAAGAAGUUGCGCUAAAGGAGGCAUACAGAGUGCUCAAGCCCGGCGGUGUGUUUGCGUGCUUGGAGUUUAGUAAAGUGCAGAAUCCGCUGUUUGAUGCCGUGUACCAGCGGUGGAGCUUUGGUGCUAUUCCACUCAUAGGACAGCUGGUGGCGGGCGAUAGGGAUAGCUAUCAGUAUCUUGUGGAGAGUAUUGCGAGAUUCCCGAGUCAGGAGGAGUUUAGUGGGAUGAUUAGGGAGGCUGGGUUUUUGGUGCCCGGGAAGGGGUGGGAGGAUUUGACGAAUGGGAUUGCGGCCAUACAUAAGGGGGUGAAGCCUGUUGGUGUGGUGAAGAAGAAGGUGUAGGAUAUUUGUUUGAACUACUUGAUGGGCUGUGGGUUAUUGUACGAUUACGUAUCAUAUCUCAUAUAAAAGCAGGAUUCUUAAUGGCAUAGACAUCACACCCUAAGAUACUACAACAACAACAUGAGCGGAGUAAUGACAUGUUCAUUCAUAG